CAUUUCAGUACUUUGUCUCUGUACUUUCCCUAAAGAAACAAAGAUAUUAUAUAUAGCAAAGAAGCAGAGGUUUGCAUGAGAAACAUAUACAGUCAUACUAUAAAUUGAUAGAGGAAUUUACAGGGCGUAACAUCACCGUCGGGUUCUGAUCAAAUGGGUUCUUCUUCGGGCCAGGGCAGCAAUUACGAUUUGUCAUUCAAAAUAUUGCUGAUCGGAGAUUCUGGGGUUGGCAAAAGCAGUCUUAUUCUCAGUUUCAUCUCUGCUUCUCCAGAGACCAUUGCCCCAACAAUUGGAGUGGAUAUUAAGAUCAAGCAUCUAACAGUUGGUGGGAAGAGACUAAAGCUCACAAUAUGGGACACUGCUGGACAGGAGAGGUUUAGAACGUUGACAAGCUCCUUCUACCGAGACGCCCAUGGCAUCAUGCUUGUGUAUGACGUGACGAGAAGAGAAACACUUACAAACUUGUCUGAUCUGUGGGCAAAAGAAGUUGAGCUCUACUCCACUACUCAAGACUGCGUUAAGAUGCUUGUGGGAAACAAACUUGAUCGUGAUUCAGAGAGAGCGGUAACAAAGGAGGAGGCAGUUGCUCUUGCUGGAGAGCUCGGAUGUCUGUUCAACGAAUGCAGUGCUAAAACUAGAGAAAAUGUCGAAAAAUGCUUUGAACAGCUUGCCUUAAAGAUACUGGAGGUUCCGAGUCUGAAAGACAAGCCCAAGGCCGAACCCGACCUGAUAGUCGAGCCCAAGCCCAAACCCAACGCACCUAGUCAGGGUUGCUGCUGCUAACUUGCUCGCUCUCUCUGCCUCGGUUCCGCUCCUCGGAACAAGAUGGAAAACCAUGUCUGUAUCUCCAAAAGAGACAGGCAAACUGUCCGACAAACAGAACAACCGAAUAAGUCAGCUUCUAGCAUGACCAAAUCGUGCAAGAUAUUAAUAGUAUACACAGCUUGCACAAAGUUUAUGUAUUUGAUGCUGGCCCUGCAUGCAUUUAAGUUCUAA